AUGCUAUCGGUUUUGUAUCAAAAUGCUAUCUCUGAGGCGGAGGAUCGGAUGCAGGAGCUCGAGGACAUCUUACAUGAAACGGCAGCCCUUAGCUGCUCUCCAAACGGGGCAAUCAUGCUGAAAGAUCUCAUACAGACCUACAGAGCUCACAUGAAUGGCCGUGGCAUAUAUGACGGCGAGGAGGGCUCGCUUUACUGCAGAAUAUUAAAGCUGAGCACCAUGGUUGACGAGGAAUUCUGCGCUCUUGCUUUGCGAUUGAAGUCGAAGUCUAAGGCGCGCAACUGCGAUUCCGCUGGGUCCCGAUUGAGCGUCAUCCCACAUAGCGAGGGCGUGCCUUACGACCUUUGGAAGAAGUGCCUCAAACAGUAUAAGGCUGAGCUGGCCCUUAAUAUUCUUGUAGAUGCGUACUCUCACUCUCGAUCCAAGCGCCUUGCAUUUCAAGGCUUAGUGCAUGCUUACAACAGUAGAGCCAGCAUGCUACUUCAGCGAUCUUCAUUCAGUUUGACCGAACCUGUAGAGGACUACUAUUACCAAAGCACUUACUCUUCUGAAACCUCAUUAACUCCCGAUUCUGCUCUCCAAGAUCAGAAAGCAUUGCAACCGGGUUUACCGGCUAAUGAGGUCAACGCUUGUCAAGUUAGCGGGUUUCCAUCCGAUAUUUGCGCUUUCAGCAGUAAUCUGGUCGGCGCUAACCAGGCAUUUCCAAGCCUCGAGUUUCUGAACAGCGUUGCGGCCUCCAAUCCUUUUAGAACUCGUGACGACGCAAUGAUGUCAUCUGGCAACUCUGGAUCCCAGCUUUUAGACGCAAUAGGUGCAGUUGCAGGCCUGUAUACGCAAAGCGAAUUCCUUAGUUCACAACUUGGCCACCUCAGCGAAUCAAAGGUUGAAGCAAUUACUGUCCGCGAGGAAAAGCUACAAGCCUAUGCAGACUGGUUUCAGAAAAAGAUUUCACUCAAGCGCACACAACAGGCUUUGACCGCAUGGAGACAGAAGUAUCUACGUGGCCUCGAUCUGGAGGCACAGGUCCGCGAGAGCGUACUUCGUGCCGAUCAUCUCCUUGCGCGUACAUUUGGUGCCAUGCGAUUGCACUUCUUGCGGUGGCAGCGGCUACUUCCCAUUGCAAAAGAGUUUCAUAGAGCACACCAGGCUCAAUUUAUAGCCACUGCCUUCAGUGCUUGGCGAGAGGCCACACGACUCAUAAGCCCAUAUAUUCUUCUCGAGCGACUCUAUGAGGGAAGUGACAGACAGCUCCGCGAUAGCAGGCGCACUCUUCCUCGAGACCUCGCUCUUUCGUCUGGCUUACAAGACCCCCGUCCAUUGGAGACUAGCAUGUCAUUUUUAUCUGUUUUGGGGAUAACACCCCAGUUCAUAGAGCAACGCCAGAAAAAUCGGGUCCUGCAAUUUAUUCGCUGUGCCCUUUGGCUCACGGCAUACGUCCCCUCUUUGAGGAAUGCCCACGCUGUGCUACUAAAUGUGCACGCGCGCAGCCUUUAUACGGCAUAUCUGCAGGCGCUGAAAGAGGAAAGCGAUCAACAAGGUCUUCCGGAAAAAGACCCCCAGGUCAGAAACAACGCAAUGGUAGUCUUUCUUCAAACGCUGUUCUCUAUGAAGCCUCAUUUAAUUUCUGGCAUGCUUCCCAUUACUAUUAGCUCCCUGCGCCGAAACGUCGAUUAUCUGCGCGCCAUACACGCCGCCAAUGCCUAUCAGCUUUUCGUCAUGGAGGCCGGCUUCAACGCCUUUCGGAGGCACGCACACACUUCCAAGCUAGCGCUCUCCAAGCGCAUAAAAGCUAUUACGUUUGCGCGGUUCCGAAAGGGAGUGCGCUUGUUCCAAUUUGAUUGCAUCGCACUUGAGCGGUACAAUCAAUUUCUGAUCGGUCGUUUGUUUGAUGCUAUGCGUACUAAAGUGCACUUUUCGCGCACAAUGCAAACUAUUGCUUCGCGUCUGAACUUAAAUCUUAUGCGGCGAAGCCUUAGGAUGAUGCAUGACGUUUAUCUCUUCCAACUUGUGCUUAGUCGAAAUGAGGAGGCGCUUGUUACAAGGUCCAACUAUACGCUCUUAUCUACCGCAUUUAGAAACUUGCAUACACGAUAUGUAAUCCUCUAUCUGGUGCGAUACCAGAAUGCAUCCAUCUUGCGUGACUACUAUCUCUAUCGGAGAGCCUUUGAGUCCAUUCUGCAAGUCCACGAUCGACAGAUGCGUGGAGAAGCCAUUUACUCUAAAAGCUGUCUCAGUCUAAUGCACCGCACGCUUUCAGGUAUACUAGAGGCAUCCAGUACCCAAAGACUUCGGUACGAACUAGCGUCUGGUCAUUAUACAAAUAUACUAGUCCGGGUACGGAAUACUGUUUUUAGGCAGUGGAGGUGGCGCACAGCCGAUGUGCGUGAUUUGAUACUUAUAGCCGGGGAGCAGAUAGCAGCUGUCGAAAGAGACUACAAGGCGCGCGCGUUUCAAGCAUGGAGAGGAGUUUUCCAAGAGUUCCGGUCUUGUGAGCAAUACCUGUCCCAGAAAGAGGGCACUCGGGUUCUUCGCACGGCGUAUCGUGAGCUUUCUUGGCUAUUUGGUCUUGCUCGAACAGCUGACAGACAUAACAACAUCCGUGAGCACCAGCGCAACAUCUAUGUGGCGGGAAAGAUAUUUCGGUCUAUGCGCCAACUGUCUGCCCAAAAGGCUUUCAAGCGCAAAGAGAUCGCAGAGGAGCUCCGUCGUAGAUAUAAUGGCUACCUGCUUAAGCAGGCCAUGCAAACGAUCCUCUUGGCAAUAAAGGGAAUCGCUUUAACCCGGUUGGUCAACAGAUGCCUUCUUCAGAGGUUCUUUUCCAAUCUUGUGCAACAACACAGAGAGCUCAUUCGUGAGCGGAAUACAGAGCACAGAGUCAAAAACGGACUGGCACACUUGUCUGCCGAACAGAUUGAGCGGCUAAAAUCCAAUGUGGCGACCUUGCUGAGCACGUUUGCCGAUAGUGAGAAGACCUUCAAUCACCAGCUCAAUGCACACGUAUCUAAGGGAGAUUUGAUGAGCCUUCGCGGGUAUCUUCUACAGUGGAAGCUCUAUGCCAAAAAGAGCAGCAAACUUACUCAGCAGGAGGGCGCGGUAGUCAGCAUUGUUACGACCCAUGUGCUGAGCCUUGCGUGGCGUUCAUGGCGGGCAGCCCUCGCCCUUGUCCAAAAAGGGCAUGACAUAGAGGUUCUGGUGGACGCUCGUCUAUUGCGCCAGGCAUGGGUGUGCAUGCAAGCCUUGCUUUUUCAUCUUCAGUACUGCGAAGUAGCUAUUGAGCAGCGGACUCGCACCAGGUUACUGCGCUAUACGCUUGAUCAUUUAGUUUAUUCCCUGUCACUUUCACGCAGAGUUGUCAGUGUCUCCAGGCUAGCAUACGUCCGAAGUGCGCGCGCUGUUUUUGCAGCACUAAGACACCGGCUAGCAGCGCUGCAGAAACUUCAUAGCCUUAUUUCUGCCUCUGCACGGAGGGCUGUUCUGCGCGUAUAUUUUAGACACUUAGCAGAGAUAUAUCAUACAAAUCAGCGCAUCAAUCUACUAACUCGUCGAUCCAAUCUUUCGUGUCUAAAGAGAGCGUUUGCGCAGCUUGUUAACUCACAUAGACUCAGGGUCUUAGAAGCUAACCUUACAUCACUUACUAUCUGUCGCCUAAAGCGCGCAGCAUUUUCUGUAUGGACUCACAAGAAUCGCAGGUCCGCACAGCUCCAACGAAGCUGCGAUAUGGCUCGCAUUAGUAUGGAUAGCUGCUUAACUAAGCGGGCGUUCUUCGUGUGGGUCACGCGCUGCAAGCACCGCCUUAAGAUUGCUGCCUUGCAGGAGGAUCUUUGUAGACGCCUGAACAAGCACCUUCUUCGCCAAGCAUACGAGACCAUCGUGGCCCGGGCAGAGGAGUUCCUCUUAAAUGAACAGUUGGUGCGAGGACUCUACUACUUACGUACUAUGCGGGCAUCCAUGGAUGCCCUGGUGACCUAUGCUGCUGCCAAGAAGACUCAACGCACCGAGGCCGAGGCAGCUGCCGAUGUCUUUAGAAGAACUGCACUUCUUAGACGAUGCAUGCUUUCUGGGCGCCGGAACUUAGCCAACAAGCAAACCAUGCUUGCAGCGGCAGUGCGCUAUGAGGAGACUCUAAAGCGGAAGGAACUUUCACUGAUCUUUCAGCAUUGGUUCGACAAAGCCCAGUUUCUUGCCGCUGCGGAAAGGCGAGUCUUGCCACUUUCCUAUCGGUGGGCGCUCCCUGUCCACUUUUGGGCCUGGCUGUCUCUUGCACGGGCCAUCUUACAUCAUAGACGGUACACAAAGCAGACGUACCUCCGUCAUUUACAUAGGUACACUGAUGCAGUAAACCGCAUGAAAAGGCAAAUGCGGACAAAUAAUCUACUAAAGCAAAAGGCAGACCACCUCAUCUCUGUGCAAAAUAGAAAGUGCAUGUUCGACGCGCUUCGCACAAUGAUGGAUCAGUACUCCCGCCGGACUGGGGAGUGUGAGCACUGGCUGCUCACAUAG